GCCUGCCGGAGCGGGGCGCGCGCAGCAUGGCGGAAGCGGAAGGAAGUUCUCCGCUCCUGUUGCCACCACCACCGCCCCCGCCCGGGAUGGCGGAAGUGGAGGCGCCGACGGCGGCCGAGACGGACAUGAAACAGUACAACUGCUCGGGCGGCGUCGCCAUGGACGUGGAGCGGAGCCGUUUCCCCUACUGCGUGGUGUGGACGCCCAUCCCGGUGCUCACGUGGUUUUUCCCCAUCAUUGGCCACAUGGGCAUCUGCACAUCCACAGGAGUCAUUCGGGACUUCGCUGGCCCCUACUUUGUCUCGGAAGACAACAUGGCCUUUGGAAAACCUGCCAAGUACUGGAAGUUGGACCCUGCUCAGGUAUACACUAGCGGCCCCAAUGCAUGGGACACGGCUGUGCAUGACGCCUCUGAGGAGUACAAGCACCGGAUGCACAAUCUCUGCUGUGACAACUGCCACUCGCACGUGGCAUUGGCUUUGAACCUGAUGCGCUACAACAACAGCACCAACUGGAAUAUGGUGACGCUCUGCUUCUUCUGCCUGCUGUAUGGGAAGUACGUCGGCGUUGGGGCCUUUGUGAAGACCUGGCUGCCCUUUGUUCUCCUCCUCGGCCUCAUCCUGACCGUCAGCCUGGUCUUCAACCUCCGGUGAUGACUGCCCACUAGCCCCACAUCCACCAGGUUCCUGAGGAGCAGCCGCCACACCUUUUGGUUCUAGAUUUUUUCUCCUCACCCUGAAAGGCAGGUUUGGGCCUGCUGUUUUGGACCCAGGGGUCUGGGCUGAGGAUGAACAUGGGGUGGGGAUGUUUGCUCAUUGUGUCUCAGUGGCUACUCAGAAGCUCCCUGUCCCCUCCCUGGACUUGUGACUCCUGCCCUUGAGGUACCAUCCUUGUUCAUCUGUUGGAAAGGCCUUAGUUUCCCUCUGUAGGGCUUCUCCUGCCACUACCUGCUGGGCUCCUUCUGCCUCAGCCCAGUGCCCUAUGUGGGGAGGGGAGGACGUUUGGAUCCAUCAGACAAGACAGUACCUGAACCAGAGCUUGAUGAGGAGCCUGCGCUUCUGCUAUUAGCUCUGGUACCAGGGUGGGGUGGGGUAGACUAAGAAGUCUCUAAGCUAAGCUGUCCCAGGGCCUUCACCACAGGCCUCUAGAAUAGCCCAGAGGGGCCGGGUGGGCCCCUCCUUCAGAUGUCUGCAGAAGCUGCACUAGGGGUGAUUUGUGCCCCAUCUCAUGCCCUCCAGUCCAUGCACACCCCCACUUCCCCCUCUCUGAGGGCCUCUCAGCACUUGAGCCCAUCUCCCCUGGCAGUUUGGGGACUGGCUGGGGAGCUGAGUGGAGCUGACGUGUGCUGGAGUGAGCCCCUGUAGACCAGAGCAAUGUGAACACUUGGCCCUGGCCCCAGGUAUGGGCCUCGUGCUGGUGAUGGUACCUCUUGGGUUCAAACUAUGGGUGGCCUGUCAGAGCAUCCAGGCCAUCAGGAGCUGGAGGGGAGCUGUUUCCUCCCACCUGACUACAGCUCCCCCUUUUCUUCAUAUUGUGAAAGAGGGCCCUAUGCUGUCCACCUUACCCCCUCCUCCAUGGAUUCCUGUGGGAGGGACUCCCUGGACAGGACAAUAAAGACUUUUG